GAACGGAGGUACGAACUAAGUUGUGACUACCUCUCCCUCCAUUUUUCCUGGGCCUCACACAAGGGACCACUUUUAGGGCAGUACUACGUAGUCGCUUCCAGACAUAACCCAGAUUAGGGUUCGCCAUGGCUGCCCUACAGUCUCUCGCGUUGACCCCUCUCACCUCGGCGCCUAACGCGUCGUUGGAAAAGUCUUCCAGCGACUUCUGGGGAAGCCGGGCGUCCUUGAGCCUUCCUGCCAGGAGAGAUGCUGCCGUCUGCUCUAGGAUGCCCAAGGUGGAGAUGGCCAUCUCGCGCAAGAAGAAGGAGCAGACGGUGGAGAAGGCCCGGCAGCAGCUCGAGAACUGCAGCCUUGUCGCCAGCAUCAACUACAAGCGAUUCACGGUGAAGCAGAUGUCGGACCUUCGCAGGAAGCUUCCCGAGAGCGCGUCGCUAGUGGUGAUGAAGAACUCGCUACUGGAGAAGGCGAUGGAGGGCACGGAGUUCGCGGCGCUCAAGCCCGCCAUGACGGGGAUGAACGCCUUCCUCUUCGUGCACGCCGAGGAGAUCCCCCCUGCGCUCAAGCCCUUCAGGGAGAUGCAGAAGGAGCUGAAGCUGGAGGACAACGACUUCACUGGCGCGGUGUUCGAGGGCAAGUUCUACGGCCCAAAGGACAUGGCCGCGCUCGAGACGCUGCCUAGCCGGGCCGAGGUGUACUCCAAGCUGCUGGGCGUUAUGCAGUCGCCCGCCAGAGACGUGGUUUCGACUCUUCAGGCGCCUGCUCGUGACUUGAUCCUGACCCUCAAGGCGCAUGUGCAGAAGCUGGAGGAGGCUGAAGGCAGCCAAUGAGAGUCGCCCUGUUCCAACCAGUCACAAGCCUUUGUGUAGCCAAUACUUGGGAAUACAUCCCACCUGAAAGACUCUGCCAUGGGCUAAUGAUGAAGGUGGCAUGGCAGCCGUGGGCUACAGUGCUAAUAGAGAACCUGGUAAAAAAUAUGAGAUUGAAGUGUAUCAAUAUCUGGAUGCAAUAACUGGUGUCUACGUUUCAUGCACCCAACUACGAUGAAACGGAGUACUGCUGUACUGGUGUUGAUGUUUUCUAUUUUCUAGCGUUC